CGGUCCCCGCGCGCAUGCGGAGUGGUGUUGACUACACGGUUUUUUUCAGUUUAUUUCGAGGACAGAAGGUAGAAGAAACUUUGUAUGAGUCUUUCCUGAACAAAAUGUCCCAGCUCCCUACCAAGGUUGAAGCAGAGCUUCAGCCUUUGCUUGGGCAACUGUUGAAGAGCAUAAAAGAGAGAAUUACAGCAGCACCAUCAGUUGAAUGUGCAGAAGAGAUCUUGCUACACUUGGAGGAAACAGAUGAAAAUUUUCACAAUUAUGAACUGGUGAAGUAUCUUCGAAACUAUAUAGACACUGCCUUGGGCUCUGUGAUUGAAGAGGAGACUGAGAAAUGUACUUCUGCAGAAGGCCGAUCUCUAGGUUCUGGUCAAGAUACACUUGUUCAACAAGUUACAAGAAAAACUCGGGAAUCUGAAGAAUACAAGGAGAUGAUGCAAUCUUUAAAAAGUACAAUGAUGAUUGUAGUUGAAUCCCUAAUUAAUAAAUUUGAAGAAGAUCAACUAAAGAAAGAAGAACUACACAGAAAGAAAACACGUGAGCAGCACACUAGUUACUGCAUGGACAGUUGCUCUGAUAGUGGAUCCUCAUUCAAUCAGAGCUACACAUUCAUGAAUCAGGAACAGCUACAGAUUAUAGUAGGAAAAUUGGAUCCUAGCCAACCGAAGGAGAUUCGUCGGGAGGCUUUGCAGUCUCUUUGCUGUGCUCCUCCAUCUGAUGUGUUGAAUUGUGAAUGCUGGAUUACUCUCCGCAAACACCUUGCUACAGCUCUUUCAGAUCCGGACCCUAUAUUAAGUGACAGAAGCCUACGAUUCUAUGCAAAAACAUUUGCAUCUUCAACAUUCAGUGCUACGAGAGAUACCUACACAAGUCUGGCUAGUCACUUGGAGUCUUGCUUUAUGUCACAUCAAAGUUCAUUUCCCACUCUUUCUGCUGGCGUCGAUAUAACAAACCCGGAGGUCAUACGGUUACUUAAAAAGUUUCGCCUUCUUAAUGAGUUUCAGAAGGAAGUUCCAUCCUUUUGGAUACGCCAGCCAGAGAAGUUUAUGGAAGAGAUAGUGGAGAGCACUCUGUCACUGCUGUCAGUAACUCAUGAACAGAGUUUCAGAGCUGAAUCCUCGUACCAUGUGCUGAAACCUGUCCAUUUUCUAGCAUUGUUGGAUACAAAAGCCUCCUGGUUCAAUAAGUGGAUGCAUGGUUACUACAGCAGAACCGUGGUUCUAAGACUCCUUGAAACUAAAUACAAGUCAUUGAUAACUGCUGCAGUUCGCCAAUGCUUAGAUUACUUUGAUUCCAGAAGCACAGAGGAUGAUGGUACUGACAAUUUAUGUGCCAUGCAGAAUCAAAUAACCAAUGGGCGGAGGAUGUAUUAUACAGGACAUGAAUUGCAAUAUAUUUACUUUGUACAUUCACUUUGUCUUCUGGGAAGAUUGUUGAUGUACACGGAUGGUAGAAAGCUAUUUCCUAUAAAGGUGAAAAACAGGAAAGAACUAGUGUCUCUGGUGGAUUUAUUAGUACUGUUAAUCCAGAUGAUGUACCAGAACCAUAAAUCAUCACAGAAUGGAAAGACUACACAAGGAGAUUCUUUUGCUCCUGCAAAUCUUGUGAUGGAAAUAUUGCGCAUGUUAUGUGGCCGGAAGGAAUGUGCUACUGAGUGCCUGUACAGAAGCAUUAUUAUAGAUUCCCUUCUCUUUCCAAUAUCCACAUUGCUGAAAGAAGAUCAGAUGUUAGUUGCCUGUUUUGAAACAGCGCUGAUAAAUGCAGCCGAUAUCUUGGCAAGGAUAGCGUCCACAGACCGAGGACUUUUGCUGCUGCUUUUUGGUGAAAAUAAUAAAGAUGCUGCAAGUAACUGUCCUUCUGCUGCACAAAUAAUUGCUGAGUUCACCAAAAGGUUGCUUGAUGGAGAGUUUCCUACUUUGGCUUCAACAGAACCAUCCACUGCUCUGAAAGGGGCUUUCAUCUUUGUCUGUCGCCAGAUAUAUAACACUUGUGAAGGCCUAGACGUACUAAUGCCAUAUGGUUUGCAUGAAUCCAUCUCCAAAGCAUGGAAGAAGGCCCGUUUACUUUCAGAGCGGAUACCUACCCCAGUAGCAGGAAAUGAAUCAGAUUCAACUGCUCGGGAAUUGCAAAAUACGAUGAUCUUAGAAGAAAUGCUGCUGGACAAUCUGCUAAACUUCGCUGCUACUCCAAAAGGAUUAUUACUUCUGCAGCGAACAGGAGCACUUAAUGAGUGUGUGAUUUACAUGUUCAGCAGAUUCACUAAAAAGCUGCAGGUCAGCAAAUGUGAAAAGUUCGGAUAUGGAGUAAUGGUUACACAGGUAGCUGCAACAGCCCCUGGCAUUGUGGCACUACAAAGCUCAGGGUUCAUUAAAGCCCUUGUAAUGGAAUUGUGGUCUGUGCUGGAGUGCGGAAGAGAUGAUGCAAGAAUGAUCAAUCCCAAACCAACGCCUGUGGAGCCCAUAGACAGAAGUUGCCAGAAGUCAUUUCUAGCUUUGGUAAACCUGCUAUCAUCAUUCUGUGCUGCGUAUGAACUGAUCGGCAAUAUGCCGCUGCCAAACAAGGCAGCAUAUUCCUUGCGUGAAGUGCCUACCUCGAUUGUUGAUGUAAUUGACCGGCUGAUAAUUAUGAAUUCGAAUGCUAAAAUACACUCGCUGUUCAACUAUGAACAUUCCCAUAUGUUUGGUGUUAGGUUACUGACUGUUAUGUGCUGCAACCUGGAUAUUGUUUUACUUUUGGAAUCCCAGUACCAUGUAUCAGAAAUUCUCUUGAAUGCACAGAAAGAAAAUGUUAGAGAAAGCUUAGAAAAUCCAGGAGAUUUCAUAAUUGAUGGCCUCUCGGUAGAGAGGAAUCAUAUACUUGUCCGCAUGAAUCUGAUUGGGGGGCCAUCAGAACGUGUGUUGCCUCCAAGAGUUUUGCAAAAGGGAAAUGACCCAUAUCAUUGGCCACUAUUUUCCUCUUAUCCUUUGCCAGAGUGUUACCUCCGAGAACCAUUGAAAAAACCUUCAGUCAAACAAGAUCAUGAACUUAGCAAGCUGCUGAAAAAUUCAGAGAAUCAAACAGGCUGGCUGGAAAACUGUAAAAACCAGUUCCAUAAAAUCAUGAAAUCCAAACCUGAUGCUAUCAAAGGAAGCAUACUUGUAGAAUUGCUGGAAAAGGUUGUGGGGCAUCUCUCUGAUAAUCCAUCACACUGUUUCUUCAGACCAUAUGAAGUUUCCGAUUCUAAUGUCAAACGACUCGGCCUUUCUCUUAUUCAACAACUUGGAAUAAAGGUUGUUGUCAGAUAUGGCAAGUUCCUUGGUUUAUUAAAGGAUGAUUCUGACCAGGAGCUUGCAAUUUUAUUGAUGCACUGUGAAAGAUUUAUGAAACAGCAACAAACUACCAUAAGCUCCUCACUUUGCUGUCUACGGGGCGGUUAUGUUGGGCAUGACUGGUUUGCAUCUACUGCAUUUCUGAUAAUGUCAGGGGAUGGAGAGAGAACUCUGAAAUUUCUGCAACAAUUUUCAAGCCUUCUCGCCUCAGCAUUUCUCUGGUUACCACGCCUGCAUACUUCAAUUCAUCUUUCUGUGGAAAAUGCAGAGUCCGGUAUCCAUCCAGUGUAUUCUUGUACAGCUUACUACAUUGAGAUGUUACUGAAGACUGAGGUGCCACUUGUCUUUUCAGCUUUCCGCAUGUCAGGGUUCACUCCAUCACAGAUUUGUCAACACUGGCUGGCUCAAUGUUUCUGGAAUUAUUUAAACUGGACUGAAAUUGGUCAUUACAUUGCCAUUUGUAUUAUAUUGGGUCCUGACUAUCAAGUUUACAUGUGUAUAGCUUUGCUGAAACAUCUAGAGCAAGAGAUUCUUCACCACAUGCAGACUCAGGAUCUGCAGGUUUUUCUCAAGGAGGAAGCAAUCCAUGGAUUUCAAGUUAGCAGCUACCUCGACUUUAUGACAAAUCUGGAAAAUUCCUACAGGACAACUAUACUGACAGAGAUGGAAAACAUUAAAUCAUAGUGAAUGUAACUUAAAGGCUAAAGGUUUAUAUAAUAUCUUGUGACACUGUCAUCUUUAAUUAUUAUACACAAAUUUUCUGAAAAUUUGAAUAAUACAAAGUAAUUGUAUUACGGACCUAUCCAAUUAAGUUAAUUACAUCUGCAGUAAAUAUAACUCCUUAUUUAGGUUCAAUAGCGAGAAAGAAAUGCAUGUUAAAUGGUGCCAAUUUGCAAACUACCAUAAGCUGUCAAAAUCAGCUGUAGCAUAUUAAAUAAAACAUAUUUCUAUAGGAAUGUUGUGUAAGUACGUUCCUUUGCAUUAGGCUGACCAAACUCCUUUUCUCUGGUGUUAUUACGUUACGUUACUGUGAAAGCAAACAUGCUCAAUACAGUGAGGAUCAAUAUUCACAAGUAACAUUAUGGUUCUCCAUAAUUAUCUCCAGGGUUUCUGUGAACCUCUGAUGAAAUUAUGAAAGAUUGUUUGGAGAACUCCAGUGAAAUUACAAUUCCAGAAGCUAUAAAUGGGAACAUUUGUUAAUUAGCUAAUGUACAAUAGACUGCGGGUCAUAUGAUCUUAGUGAAUCUAGUUAUUUGUAAGUAGGCAGGAAAUUUUACUUGUGGAAAGUUACAGGUUUUUAGUUUGUCAAAUUAGAAGUGUGCAUGUGCUAUAUUUUGGGACUAUAUCAGGACCGUUUUUGUUUUAAAUCCAAUGUAACAAGCAAAAGUAAACUUCAUAUAUAUGACUACAUUAUCUGUACAUUUAUAUCACAGUAAAAUAUUUCACAAAAUAGUUGUACAGCCAACCUGCUUAUGAAGAAAUUCUGAUAUUACAAUAAUUCUCUCACCUAAGUAUAGGGGAUAUUAAUAGUGUUCUCAUUUGUUCCUAUUCCUUGCAGAACUCAGACUGUGACCACAGAGAUGCAAAAUUGCUAUAUGGUAGCCUAUUUAAAGCACAUGCAAAUAACAGAAAUAUAUUAUUCAGCCAAUUGCUGUGAGUUCUGUUUGUAGCAGUAAUGGGCACUAAGAACAUCAAUGUAAAUGCUUGUACUCCUAUGUAAUUAGUGCUUAAUUAAUUAUGAAUUGUUACUAAUUUUUCUCAAUUUACAAAUUAAUUACCUUACUCUUUACUUUUACAGUGUUAUAUUUCUUAGCCGUUAAUACAAAACUACUUUGCAUAGGCUUUCAUAUACUUAUGCCUGUUCACUCAAUUGAAGCACUGUUUACUUGUAAUUUUCAUGUUUCUGUAUGCAUUGUAAUGCAAUGCCUGCAUUUUGAUCCAUAAUUACUGUACUUAGUUUCUAUAAAGAAUUUUGUCAAUGUGCAUUCCACACUGGACUUUGGCUGUGUAACAUUAAAAUCACUGGAGGCACAUAUCUAAAGAACUGAUUUUUCUUACAGAAGUUGGGGUGAAGGGUCUUUGGGCCUCUGAUGUCACCGGGUUUCUCUAACAUAAGUUGCUUUCAAUUCAAUGGAAUUCAGAUUGCUGAAGUAUUUUCACCAGAAAUCUCUAUUUUAACAGUAUUAAAGGUAGUGAAUAUAUUAUAUAUU